GAGUUGAAGGCAGAAGAACAUUUGUAUGAAUGUGCACAAGUCUUGGGCAAGCAAAUCCUUCUUUGAGGGGAUAAAGCGAGCAAGUGGAAGGUGUUCAGCUCCUUGCUCACGGGCACCGUGGCAGUAUUCAGGCGUCGAGCCGGCUUCUCUCCAGGCACGCCGGUUAAUCGGAAGUGAGCAGAGCUGCGGCCCGCUUUCCCGCAGCAGACGAGCGCGCCGCAGAGUCGUCACCGCGCACGUUUGCGGCGUCGGGAACUUUCCCCGAAAUCUCGGGUUGACUUCGACGUGCUGGCGUCGCUUCGCCGGUCAAUUAUGGCACGCCGCGGGGCGCCGGCGUGACAGAAGUUCUUCAAAAACAAACAAACGAAAAAAAAAGAUGUUCCAUCCACAUCCUGUGAGUGUAAAGGUGGCAACGCUCAAGUGAAGCGUUCACAAGGAAGCAAGCGGGUGGCAUGAAUGCCAACCUGUGGGCACGCGCUGGCACAGCGCCAGCCAUUGCAACUACUUGCCUUACCUUCAUUCGGCAAGCAAGCAAAAGAACUCCGAACCACGAAUACGCUUCGCAAACUAAAAUUCGAGACAAAAUAAAGUUGUAGAUGAUUAUCUAAGGCUUGCACGCAUCCUGCGAGGCGAAGCAGGCAAGGACCUUUUUGCAGUGCAACGGCGGAUCAAAAACGCUUCGCUGGUUCUGCGCGGUAUGAAAAAGCAGAGGUGGAACUGAGAGGCCCGCAGACGUAUUUCCAAGUAUUGACACUCUACUGUGUUGCCAAAAGUGGAAGCGCACACAGCAGAACAAUCAGUCGUUAAGCGUUGCGCUUCCUGCGUCGUUUUGGUCCGCUCGCUGUGAUUCUCGAUGGCCGCCGGCAACAACAGCAGCUGCGACGUGUUCGCCGGCCAGCGAGCCGCCGUCGCCGUCUUCCCCGCCUUCUACUCGCUGGUCUUCCUGGUCAGCGCGUGCAGCAACGCUGUGGUGCUGGCGGUGAUCUGCCGACGGCAGGGCAAGUUCAACUCCACCGCCGCGUACCUGCUCAACUUGGCCCUGUCGGACGGCCUGUUCGCGCUGACGCUGCCGGGCAGGGUCGUUUACUACGUGCUGCGCUUCGAUUGGCCCUUCGGUGACCUCCUGUGCAGGACGAGCACGCUCCUCUUCUUUGCCAACACGUACGCAGGCAUCGGCUUCAUGACCUGCAUCAGUCUGGAUCGCUACCUGGCGGUGGUGCACCCUCAUCGGCUGCGCUGCAUGCGGCGGGCGAAGGCGGUCCGCCGGGUCUGCGGCGCGGUUUGGCUUCUGGUGUCCGCUCAGGUGGCUCCGGUGCUGUCGCGCGCCUCGCUGCGGCACCACGAAGGCAGACGGACCUGCAUGGAGUACUUGGAUCUGGGCGUCUCCCGCUGGACUUCGGGCUUCCUGCUGCUGGCCUGCGUGCUCUCCUUCUUCUGCCCGCUGGCCGCCAUCCUGGGAUCCUACGCCAGGAUCCGCUCCAAGCUGCUGGCGGCUGGUGGCGAGUGCAAGUCCGCGUCGAGGAGGAACCGACGAGCCAACGGCAUCAUCCUCCUCAUCCUCCUCACGUUCACGGUGUGCUUCGGGCCGUACCACCUCAACGUGAUGCAGUUCAUGUGGCGAACGACGCAGCGGGAGCCGUCCUGCGAGGAUCUGGUGGGCUUCAAGGUGUCGUCCCAGAUUACCGUCUCGCUGAUGAAUUUCAACUGCUGCUUGGACCCGAUCAUCUACUUCUUCGCCAUCAAGACGUACAAGAAGCAAAUGUUGAGCCUGCUUCCGGACCGCCUGUGCGCUUCCUCCAGCGCGCCCGAGACCACCGAGAACAGCAGCACCAACAGCUGAGAAAAGAAUUCACGCGUCGUCAUCCUUCACUCCGCAAAAAGGCUUUUAAUUUCACUUUUUGGUCUACUUCCUGCUUCCCAAUGCAGCGCAGAAGGACUGUCAACGGCAAAGAUCUGCGAGUAAUUGACGGACAUAAGAAAUACGCUUGAACUAUUUUUACG